AUGGCCCAGAGAAAGGCGAAAAAUGAGAAGCAGCUGGGUGCCGGAUCCGCUGCUCCUGAUGGUUCUGCAUUAGUGCUUGAGUAUCUCCGAAAACAAAAUCGUCCUUAUUCGGCUACCGAGGUUUCGGUGAAUCUGCACAAUAAGAUUACAAAAGCACACGCUGCGAAAGCUCUACGGGAACUACAUCAGAAUAAACAAAUUGAAGGACGGGCUGCUGGGAAACAGAUAGUAUAUCACGCCCUCCAGGAGACGUCCACCGAAGUGACACCCGAGAUCAUUGCAGCUUUGGAUGAGCAGGCUGAGAAACUGCAGGAGCAAGUAACCAGUCUCGAAGCUGCAGAGAAAAGGACGCGAGCGGAGCUAGCAACCAUCUGUGCAAGACCCUUGCUCUCCGAACUUCGACGGGAUGUCGGUCAGUUUGAGCAAGAACAUGAGGCAAUCCGUGCACGCCUGGUGCAGGCGCGAGGGAGCGACGCAGGGACUGUACCCGUGCAGAUAAGAGUGGAUGCUGAAAGAGACUGGAACCAUUGGCAGAAUCAGGCCAAGGUGCGCGGUCGGAUUUGUCGCGAUCUAUGGCGGAUGUGUUCGGAAGUUGUGCCCGACAACAUGGGCCGAGAAGAACUAUGGGAGAAUCUGGGAUUGGAGGGACCAUUUCUCAAGUGA